AUGGAUCAGACACCUUCGGAGAGGAGUCUGGUGCACAGCCGAGUCGCCUUCAAUCCACAGGAGCGAAGUCCGGUGAAGCCUGGAGCUGCCUCUGGCCAAAGUCGCGCGGGCAAGACGGUUGAACACGCUCCGGUGCGGAAGGCCGCAGCAAGGAAGCCAGCCUCGGGAAAGAUCGGGCCUGCAGCAAAGUCAGGUGCCAAGCCGGGGCUGAGCCAGCAGACGCCACGCCGGCCAAGUCAAGAGAUCGCCACCUUGGGCUUCCGCUGGCGGGAGGGAGCUCUGUACGUCCAUUCCCGGGAGCCGCUGAUGGGAGACCCCCUGGUCGCGGUCCGGAUCGCAGACGAGGCGGAUGGCAUCCGUGUGGUGGCGCGCCUCUUGUGUAGCGGUCGGCUGACAGAGGUGCGAGGCCCGGCUUUGCAGCCGCUCGAGGUCCGACCUGGACGUGCCUCCAGCAACAUCGCUGCCUUAGCAGCUUUUGAGGAAAUGUUCUUCAUCGGCGAUCCGGAAGAGUUAUCACAGGGCGCUCCGAAAAGCUUCGGAUGUGUGGAGCUGGGCGAGUUGACUGCGAAGGAGCUCUCCACUUGCCUCGCUGCCUCCUGGCCGCCCGAGCAGCCCCUGCCGAUUCGUGGCCUCAUAUGGGCCUUGAGGCCGUACUUCAUUGAUUGGCUGCAGCGGCGGAAGAGGCUGCGACUGUUUACCAACUUGGUCAUCUCGCUGCCCGACUCAGCGCUCCGGCGCUUCUCGGCGCAGGGCGCCGAGUCUUCAUCGCUACAGUCUCUUCUCGACCUCACGGAGCGAGAUUUGCUGGUCGCUACUUUGGUUUCCACCGCUGUGGACCAAAGGUCCAGGCUAUACGCUUGCGCGGCGGAGAAUGAGCUUCCUCUGCCCUUGGCUUUCUCCGGUCUCAGGUGCCCAUGCCCGCCGACAGAGUUGGAUCAGAUUGAUGGCAUCGACGGGACGGCUUCACAAGUCGACCGCGGCGUGAUGGUUCAUUGGGAAGCAUUUGAGGCGCUGCUCGCACUUCCGAACGAUCGUCCGAUGCUCCUUUCCCUCGGCGGCCCCGGUUGUGCACAGGCUGGAAAGUCGAGUCUUCUUGCCGAGCUUCUGGGGAUUUCUUGCGCCGUCGUCGACCGCACCGAGGCCGACCAGGCAACCUCACGGCUCGGGCAAUGCAGAUCUCCGGCACACUCGCCGGGUGUGGACCUGCUGCAGUGUGCUGCUCCUUUGAGUUGGGCCGCAGACGUUCACGGCUGUUCUCUAGGCGAUCCGACCUGGACAGCACUCAUCGCUACUUUAGGGGCGACCAGCGCCCUGACGCUGCUGCACGUGUCUGCUGAGGACUUCACGGCUCAGGAAGAUGAGCGGCCUCCGCCAAAGAAGCCCGCGGAUAACCGAGGAGGGAGCACGCAGCUGUCCCGUCGUGGUACAGCAAGCAAGGAUUCGGUCGCCACCGUGAAUUCGAACGCAGCGAUGCCGAAGAUCACGGCGAAGCCGGAUCUGAUGGCACUGCUGAAGAUCCUCACGGACGCGCGGCUUGCGGGGGUCGGCCCGGAUCGGGCCCGCAUCCUCGUCAUCUUCCGGGAUGCGCCCGCCUCCAAUGCUCAGAUCUCACCAGGGAUCCAAUCGUGUCUCGAGGCUGCGCUGGGCACCAACUUGGCGGGGAUUGUGGCACUGGAGAAGCUGCAGAAGCUGCCUGCGGCCUACCGCCAGCGACCGCUGGUUCGGCUGCGCGACAAGCUCCAGCAAGAGCUCUACCUGCUAAAGGAGGCUCCACGCGAUCGUCCUCAAGUACCUUGCAUCGAUGCACUCAAGCAGGUCUUCAGUCACUUCUACGAUCGCCUGACAUUGGCCGGGGAUCGGCCAGUUCUUCCCAGCGACACGAUUAGCGUGCAGAGUUAUCGAUGCCAGGUUUUGUCGACAUUGCUGGAUGAUGCAGAGGCCAAAGCCAAGGGAAAGCUGCGGGAAGCCGCUUUUCCCGCCUCCGAGGCAUCAUCCCAGCUGGCGAAGCUCCGCGAGGAGGAGCGGAAGCUUCUGGAGGCUGAGGCGGAUGUCAGCGGCGAAAGCGCCAACGAUGCGAAGAUCGCGGAGCUAGCGGGGAAGCUACGGCAGCUGGAGAAGUCACGUCGUGAGCUUUUCGCCAUGGGGAUGUCUCCCCCGGUCCGAUUCUUCAUGGAAACCGUCUUAUCGGAGAAUGGCCUCUCGCACGCGCUCGUCGCAGAGCUUGGCCAGGGCCUCCAGACCUGGCGAGCCCCGCGCCUGGCGCCUCUGAUGGCGCAGCGGAGGGAGCUGCUGGAAACCAGGCUCCAGCUACACCAGGAUAUGCGCGGGCAGAUGGAGGGACCCCACCAGCGAGAAAUGCAGAGCGUUCUGCAGCGGCUGCAGCAGACAGAGCAGGCUCUUGAGCAGCUAAACAUAACUUUGGACACCUUCUGGGAAGAGGUAGCCGCCAUCAGCGAUCUGUCCAAUGAGAUGCAAGGUCUUGGCAUGCGGGGCCCCACGGACGUUCCGAGCCCCGCGACGCUGAAGCACCUGUUCGGCGAGUGGGCCUGGCACUUGAAUUGCCCGGUGCAGCUUCUCUUCGGCUCGCCGUUGCAGUGCGCUGGACCUUUCCUUGUCGAAGUGCUGAAGGAGCUUGGCGCGGAACAAGGUCGAGAGCUCUUCGUCAUCUCCGUGAUCGGAAUUCAAUCAUCUGCCAAGAGCACGCUGAUGAACUUUCUCUUUGGCUGUGGCUUCGCGACAUCUGCUGGGCGAUGUACACGAGGACUUUACUGCAGCCUCAUGGAAUGCGAGGAGCGGACGCUCCUCAUCUUGGACACGGAGGGCCUGAUGAGUCUGGAGGCCGAAGGCGGGGGCAUCUUCGAUGCCCAACUGGCCUUGAUGGCCAUGGCAUGCUCACACCUGGUGAUCAUCAACCACAAAGGUGAGCUGUCCCGGCAACUGCAAGACCUACUGGAGGUCUGUCUCUUUGCCAUGCAGCAUCUCAAGGUUUGCCGAAUCCAGCCGAAGCUUCUCUUCGUUCUCCGCGACCAGCAUGACAGGUCCCAUGGAGUCCACGGCGAUGCCCUGCGACUUAUGCGCAAACACCUUUCGGAGGCUUCCAGUCACCUGCAGCUCCGUCUCGACGAACUGAUCUCUCUGGAUCCCGGCAGUGUUUUUCUGCUGCCCUCCGCCUUCGCAAGCGAUUUGGAGCAACAUACGGGCCGAGAGGUGCGAUGGUCCACAGGGCUGUUUGCCGAAGAGGCUUUCCGGCUCCGGCGCAAGAUCUUCCGUGAGGCGGAUUCGCUACUCAGCUCGACGGCCCGCACCGCUUCUUCGGAACAGGCAGCUCCUGAGUUUUCCACACUUCCGGACUGGUGUCUUCACGCGAUGUCAGUGUGGCGGGUGCUCGAUCGCUACGGACCCAACCUGCUCCACUACAAGACCAUCCAGGAGAUCGAGCUGCAGCGUGAGAUAGAGGAGACAGCGAAGCAGAUCUCUUCCCAGCUGGUUCGCAGCAAGGGCGGGCUGUCGGAACAGUGCCAGGCCCUGUUGGCUUCUUCCACCAAGCGGCUGAGCGACGGCGAGAGCGGCAAUCUCGUCGAUGGCGAGUUCAGGUCGUCCUUGCAAGCCAUUCUGGAGAGCUUCGACAAGAGGGCCAAGGCGGAGCUCGAAAAACAUCUCCAAAGUCGCAGGUCGAAGCUACCCGAGGCACAGAAAGAGGAGGCGAGGCGGAAGCUCACGACGCCCAUCGAGUACCAGGGCGAACUCACGCGAUACACGUGGUCGCUGUGCUUGGCUGACGCUACGGAUCGAGACCAACUGAGGGCGCUGAAGGUCCAUUUCAAGACCACGAUCGAACACCUCUGGGAGGCUGAAGCUUCACAAAGUAUCGCAGAAGAGCAGGCGAGGCAGAUGUUCGAGCGUGAGUGGAAAGCUUUUGAGGAGGAUUGCCGAGGUCGCUUUGAGCGAACGGCCCGCUCCAGAAAGCAGCUGUCCGAAGAGGUGUGCAUGGUCUUCAACCAUGUGCUUCGCCAGCAUCGCCAUGCAGAUCAGUCGCUCCAUAUCCUGGAGUUGGUCCCUGCAACUUUCCUCUUGAACUCCGAGCCUUUCGAUUGGACGCCCGAGCAUAUGGCAAAGGAGUUCCUGGAAGUUCGCCACCCUUCGAAGCUCAGAGACUUCGCGGCAACGUGGCGGCCACACAAAGGCCCAGGUGCACUCGGAAGGAACACCACCGAUUUCGACAUCCUUUGCCGUUGCGUUGUGCCUGAGUUGAGGAAGCGCUUGUCACCUGCGCUGUCGAUGGAGCUGCCGGAGUCUUCAACGACCGUGCCGACGGAGGAAGCCAUCCUAGAGGCUAUUCAAAAGCUGAACGAAGUGCUGGAGGCGGAGGAGUCGCGGUACUUAUCCCGGUUAGGAGUGCGCCUCCAAGGAGGCCAGGUCUCCUUGGCCAAUGCGCUGCAGCUGAGCCUCAGGCAGAGCGUCCUGGAGUCACUGCAAGCUGCGGAGGUGGGCCGCGCCGAACAUCAGUGGCGUGUGCUCCAGUCACACCGUCAGCAGACGCAAGCUGAGUUCAUUGAGAUGGUGCAGCGACGCACGAGCGAUGCUGGACGUGCCCGGAUGCUGGCCGAGCUCUUCUUCGACUCCCUGGGGAGGGAGUGGCUCGAUGAAUCGCUCCUGGCGGUGGCCGCAGACAUCCGGGCACAGUGCCUUCACGACAUGCCCGACGCCUCCGGUGCCGCGGAGCGAGCUUACCAGCAGGCCUUCGUGGAGAGAAACUGGGAGGAGGUACUGGAGUACGUGCUGGACGUGAAUGCGUAUCUGAAGAAGAUCUUCUCUGGCUUGUUCGAAGACCGGAAGGUCGCGAUUCUGCGAGUACAACGUCCUCAAAUUGCAGGGCAGCUGGGUUCCUUCUUCGAUGCCCUCACUGGCGCCAUCCACCGAUUUGGUGGUCAGAAGGGCGGUCGCCGAACAAAGCUGUCGGCGCUUCAAGGAUUCAUUCGAAACCUUGCUGCCGAGGCCCGCGCGUCGGGGCACAAGGACGGCAAGGCCUGGCCUCUGCUGUCCGAGCGAUUCCCUGUGGUCGCCGACUUCGACAUUGCGGAUGCAAAUCACUUUGCCCAUGAGUUCGGGCUCCACUUGGCAUCGCUGCUCGGUGAGGCGGAAGUGGAUACCUUGGUGGCACAGAAAUUGGAAAAUGCCCUGCAUUUGCAGCAGACACAGGUGUGGAACUUGAUCAAAGGCUGCGAUGCCGUCUGCCCCUGCUGCGGCUCCAAGUGCGAUCGAGUGGACAACCACACAAAGCACAGCUGCAGACACCACCUGCUGCCGGCCUUCAAUGGCUGGCGAGUUGCCGGCACUUGCGAGGCUGCGCUGGAUGCGUGCUUGAGCUCGAAGAAUCACGAGGUUCCUCCCAGGGCCCUGCCUUCGCUCUGCCAUCUCUUGGAUGUCUGUGGAAUUUCGGAAGACGCCACGCAGAGGGAGCUUCACAUCCUCUUCUCCGCCUGCCCUGGCUAUGUGUCCUCUUCCAUCCUAAACGACGAAGCUUCAAAGCGCCCAUAUGCUCUGGUGCAGUUCCAAGACGCAGACCUGGCGUUGCAGGCCUCGGCUGCGCGUCAGGGCACCUACUGGGAGGAGGGUGCUCGGCCAAUCACGAUCGACCUUGGGAGCCCCACCAACUUGGCGAAGUCAUCACAGCUUCGUCUUCAUUUCAACGCCGGUCGCAAGAUGCGCAGCCCGCCGGGCUGCACGCUGUCACCACCACGUCGACCUGGCUCCGCCUGCAGCGCAUCCUCGGAGGGGUCUCCAAGGAGCCGUGGCCGGGAGGAUGCUCGCAUCACAGCAUCCUCGCCCCCCUCGAGGAGUUUCUCGCGCAGCUCGGCCCAUCCGUCGUCACCUUCGUCGCCUUCGAGACCCAAGGUUGAGGCCUGUCGGGCUCGUCUGGCAGCCGCUCUCUCGAAGAAGAAGAUGGCAGACCUCGAGGAGGUUCUGGAAGAGGCCAUCGCCGUCGGGUUGCCGGAUUCCGAUCUCCAAGAACCUCGCGAGGUUUUGCAGAAAAAUCGCCAUCGCCUCGGGGUGAGGCAGGCGAUGUUUGCCUCGCAGAAAGCGAAACAGCGGCUGGCCGAAGCCAGGCGAUCCUUCGAGGACGACCUGAGUCGCCCGCAGAGUGCGUGCAUCGCCCUGGAGCAGGCGAAGGAAGCCUUUGAGCUUUGUGGCCGCGUUGCGCUUUCAGGUGACGAGCAGACCCUUCGUGAAGAAUCACAUUCCCUUUCGAGGGUAUGGCUGCAGCGUGCCGAGGAACGACUGAAGGCCGCUGCCUUCGCUUCUGAGCUUCAAGGACUGAGGCAGUCAGUCGAGGAGUGGGAAGCGCUGGGUCGCGUGCUGGGAUGCCACGCAGAGGAAGCUCCUCCACUACUUUCCGAGGAAGAAGUUCGGCAAACGGUCGCUCAAAUCGUUGCAGAGGAAGCAGGAGCCCGGAGCGCCAAGCAGGGUCAGGAAAUGUCGCUCACCUACAUCCUGGUCACUGUCACUCUGGAGAGAGACGACUGGUCCUUCAAUGAGAGGAAGUGGUCCGUUCUUCGACACCAAGCCCGAGGUGUUCUCCAAGUGGAGGAGCACCGGGCUCUGACCUGUCGCCAUGUGGAAGAGGCUCUCUCACAGAGCGCUCCCUUGGCAGAGCUUCGGCGGCUGGGAGAGGUCAUCCCCGCCACUGCCAGUGCUGACCUCGCUGCACGUCUCCGUGAGCGGCAGGAUUCUCUCGAAGGUCGAGUCUUCGCCCGCUGGUCACUCCUUGGAGCCAUGGUGGCCUCAAAGGUCUCCACGAUGAUGGCCUGUGCUCUGGGCCCUGUCUGGGUCAAGACUGCCAUCAAGCAAGCAAGAGGCGUGGGCUUUAACAAGGCGAACCUGGAAGCCGCCUUGGACUGCUUCGACAGGACCGAGUACCAGCAAAAGCUUCAGGAAUCCCUGAUGGAAGCUCUGUCAAAUCGGGAUCUCGUUAACCUCCGCAGCGUGAUCAAGGAAAUGGAGGUCGUGUACGUGGCGGAAGCCCCUGGCCAUCUCAGCCGCUUCCGGCUGACAAUGGCCCAAGCGAAGCUUCGAUUUCUGGAGGAGCAGGCUGCCGCGGCCUCCCAGCUGGAGGGGCUUUUGCAGGUGCGGCGCAAAUCUGUGCUGCUGGAAGAACUGCCGGAGGUGAUCAGCAAUGCGAAACGGCUCCGUGUUGAUGGCGGCAGCAUCGCCCGGGCAGAGAAGAUCCUGGAGCUCGCUUCCGCACAGGACUUUCUCCAGGCGGCCGUGGAAGCCGGCGACCGCAAGGUAAGCAUGGGCCUCUCCCGGCCCCCUCGGACUGGACGGAGAGGCUGUUCGGGCGGCGCUUGA